CUGCUUCAAAAUAUGCCAUUAUUUUUAUGAGUGACGGCUUGGCACCAUUUCCUGAAGCAGAACUUCAAACUUUGGUCGAAUUACAUGGUAAUGUCAUCAAGAAAUUUUGGACAUUGGCAUUAGGACAAUCAACAGAUUCAAGUUUUCUGUACACUAAGAGAAGUGCGGAAGGUGUAAUACAGCGAAAGGGGUGUAGUAUAAGUUUGGGUUUAAGUGCAGUGAUUGAUAUCAAACCCGAAACAUUUUAUACACUGGCUAAUGCACUGUGGUCGGCGAAUAAGGCGUUCUAG